UUAUUACUGAAAAUAAAAGAUAAUAUUUGAUUGAAUUAAAUAAAAGGGAAGAAUUAAAUGCUUUAGAUAGUAAGAGUUUUAUAUAUUUUUUUAAACUAUUUGUUAGUUCACGUGCUGGCAAAUGUAUCCUACAUUAUGCAUCCAAAUCCUGUAUCUUUGCUUGAUUUUAAACAAAAAGCUUCUUCUGUUGCACUUCUUAAUUGUGAGUCGGAUGAUGGCUUGUAUGCUUUUGUGGCUUCAACUUAUCAUGGACAGAUCACUGAUCAUGGAGUACAUAUUGUUGAUCUUCACAACUACUAUAUACCUUAAAUAGUAUCUGUAGCACCCUCUUAAUAUGCUUAAGGAUGUAAAGUAAGCAAUAAUAUCUUAUUUAUUGCUGAUCAAAAGUAAGGCCUGGUUAUCUACAAUGUUUCUGACAAAUAAAAUCCUAAGCUAAUAUCUGUUACAGCAUAUACUCAGAACUCAUUUAAACCUUCAUAUUAAUAUGUCUUACUUUCUUCUGAUCAAAAAUAUAUAUUCUGCCUAUCAUAUGGAUUUGUCUUAACCUAUGACAUUACUGAUCUAGCCAAUCCAUAGAUCUUGCCAUUCCCCUUAGAUUUUACUCUUGCUCCUAAUAGUUAUACCCUCAGAUUUGAUCCUACAAUGAGGUUUAUUGCUAUUGCAAAUCAUAUAUCAGGCGUUACUAUUUUAGAUAUUAGUAAUAUAAAUUAACAAUAUAUUAGAUGUAUUUAAAAUCCAAGUUUUGUUACUUGGGAUGUGGCUUUUACCCCAGAUAAAAAAGCUUUUUAUGCACUUGAUGCAUACUUUGGCCUAUUCUAUGCAGAUCCAUCUAUAUUAUAUGAUGAUUCUUAAAAAGGUAAAGUAUCUUUGUCUUUUACUCUUGUUAUUCCAGUUACAGAUUCUUUAGUGAUGACUAUGGAAAUUUCUUAAGAUGGAUCUUUAUUAUUUAUUGGUCAUAGAAGCACAGGAAUCAAAAUAUAUUAAUUAAAUAGCCAAAAUUACAAAUAACUUAUUUUUAUCCAAAAUCUAUAAGCUUCUUACAUGGUUCUAUGCAUGAAUCUUUCUAAAAAUCAAAAUUAAUAUAUUUAUGUGACUAAUGGGAUACAAUUAAUUAUCUUUAAGCUUGUUUAACCUAAUACAAAUUAAGAUUUCCCCAAUUUAUUUAAUACAUUUUAAUCAUCCUUAACAUUUGUGAGUCCUGAUUAAAACUAACUUAGUAUUUAGUGUACACAAAAGGAAGUUAUGGUAACAGCUACUUCAGUAGGAAUUUUCAUUUUCGACAUAACUGAUCCCUUUUAUCCAAAUUUAUAUGAAAAUUAUAUUAAAUAAUCAUAAACAAAGGGAACUAUUUCGCUUAUAACAACCACUUUUGAUUUUAAUACCCUGCUUAUUGCAAAUUAACAAGGAGGCUUAGUAACAUUUGAUAUUUCUAAUAGAUCAAAUCCAUAAUAUAAAAAUCAAUACUAAUUAAUUUAAAAUAAACAAUCAUACACAGAAUAUACAAGCGUUAGGAUAAGUAAAGAUGGUACAAAAGUUGUAGUUGGUAAUAGUUUUUAUGGUGUGUUAAUCUAUAUGUUUGAUAACCCAUAAGACUUGUCAUCUCUAGUUCUUACAAAUGGUUACGCAAAUUAAUACGCUUGUGGUUUUGAGAGAUGUGAUUUUACUUCUGAUGCUACUAAAUUUGUUUGUGCUUGUAGAGAAAUAGGAACUAUUUUUUUCUAACUUUUACAGCCAGGUAUAGAUCCAAUAGCUAAAUAUGCAUUCAAUGAGAUAGCUGUAGAACAGGCUAUUAUUUCAUAAAAUGAUAAGUUAUUAUACUUAGCUAAUGGGUUUUAAGGAAUAUUUAUUAUUGAUAUCACAAACUUUUUUGAACCAAAAAAAUUAAGUCAACUUGUUCUCUAAGGUUGGGUAUAAUGGGUCACUCCUAUUUUUAAUGAAAAAUAUUUAAUGGUUUCUUAAGUCGAAAAGGGUUAAUUGAGUCUAGUCAAUAUUGAGGAUCCUGCAAACCCUUAUGAGUAAUAAAGAAUAGAGUUUUUAGGUGAAAGUUCUACAGCUUCUUGUUUAAGCCCUUCUAACCCAACAAAUUUAUAUUUUUUAGGAAAUACUGGACUAAGAUAUGUUCCAAUUUAACCAUCGAUAACUAUGCACACUUAGUUUUAAGUAUAACAACUAGAUAAUAAUGGUAAUUUACUUUAUUAUUAGACAUUAGAAUAAGGAGCUUAAUUGCUUGUUGGUUAAAACAUUAGAAUAAUUUAUACUUAGCUCUAUAAUGAAUAAAAAAUUUAAGUCAAUAAUGCUUUUUAUUAUCGUUAAUUUGGUAGAUAAGCUCUUCCUCCAUGGAUUACUUUUUUACCUUCUCAAUCUCAAAUAAUAAUGGUAGUGGAUAAGCUUGGAACUCUUAAUGAUUUCUCAACAGAAAAGAAUGGUGAAAAUAUAUUAAUCUUAUAGGUAUAAGUCCAGCUAUAAUCCCAAAAGCUAAUAAAUAAUUCGCUAAAAAUUGAUUAAACUCUUGCUUCUAGAUUGCUUAUUUUACUCGAAUAAAAUGGCUUUGUUGAUGUUAAUGGAUAUAUAACAGAAAAAUUUGAUCCUUAAGUUCCAUUUGAUUUAAACUUUUAUGAUGGUGUGAAUUACACUCCAACCACUCACUCUAGUGUGUAUCAAUAGAUUCAACAGCAAUUAAAAAAAAUUUUAGCAUUCUCAAAAGUAGAAUAUCCAAUUAGGUUUUUUAUAGUAAGUUCCUUAAAGUUUAAUUACUCUUAGAAAUUAAGAUAAUAGAAUGCUUCAGACUCUGGCAGUGUCAUUUCAACUCCAUCUCAAUAAGUGAGUAUUCUAAUGUAGAUAACAUCAAAUGGGAAAUUUGUCAAGAAAAUAUUUGAAGGUGUAUUGGCUUCUUUUUCAGACGAUUUAACAAGUGUUAAGAUAACUGGUUAAACUUCAUUUGUCAAUGCUAUCAUGAACAAUAGUAUUUAAAUAGCAAAUUAAACACAAGACCUUUCAUAAGUUGCAAUAACAUUCUUAAUUUCUGAUUCAAAUAAUUAUGACUAAACAAUAAAAAUCUCUCUCAAAGAAGCUGAUUUUAUUUAAAUACACUAACCUGUUUAAUUGAAUGCAAAUAAAACACUCUAAGGUCAACUUGAGAAGUAUUAUUCAAAUGGAUAAUUACCAAUAGUAGAUCGUUUCUAAUUUUCUUUCGAUUUAGAAACCUUUAUCCAACCUGAUGGGUUACCAAUAACAUACUCAGCAUAUAUUUUAAAUGGAGACAAUCCCCCAUAGUAAAUCUUAACAGGCUCUUGGAUAGAUUUUAAUAAUCUAAGCUUGGGUUUUAGUGGGAUAAGGACAGCAUCGUAUUUUUGGACAACUACAACUGUGAGAGUCAUUGCUGAUGACGGAUAUUCAAAAGCUCACUGCGAUUUUAACAUGACCUUUAAUUAAAUUCCCUUUUUUUAUGCUUUUUAGCUAAUAGUUUCAGUAGUUGGUCCUAUUGUUGGUAUUAUUAGUAUUUGGAAAUACCGCUCUGAGAUUCAUUUAUUUGUUUCAGAGAGAAAACACAUGUACUAAAAUGAAAUUGCUGUGACUGGAGAACUCUUUAAGAAAUAGAUAAUAUUAUAUGGAAAAGUUUAAUCAGAUGCUUUAACCCUUUGGAAGAUGUUAAGAAAGUAAGACAAAUCUUUGAAUUAAUCUUUAAAGGAUGAAUACAAAUUGAACCAAACAAUAGAUGUAUACAAUUUAGUCUCUAAACUUGAAAAGGUAUAUCAUGAAAAUACUAAAAAAUUCCCUUACUUAGAUCCAAGAGAAUUUGAUUUCCAUGAUAGCAGGUUAGUUAGAUCUGUAAAAAGAUUGGCUUAUUAGGUUGUUUUAGACAAUGAUUAAACAACAUUAGAAGUAUUCGAAAAAUUAAAGAAAUUCUCUACAAAAAAUUUUGGGUAUCAAGACUGGUAUAAAAAAUAUUUAGUCAUAUAUCCAAUAAUGGAAAUAAAGGGUGAAAAAGUUAUUCAUAGAGUUAUCGAACAAUAAGAUAAGGUAAACGAUUAACUAGAAUCAAGAAGUUAGUUAUUUAAUGAAAAUUUGAUAAAUAACUAGUUAAAAAUUAAAGAUUGUAAUGUAGAAACUUUAAAGAAGAUAGAUUUAGAUUUACAAAAUGAUGAAAAUAAACAAAAUAUGAUUAGUGCAAAUAUUUAAUCAUAGAUUUAUUCUGGAGAGAAUACUAAACGAUUAUCAUAAAGAGGAAAUUCUGAAAAUGAUCUUUGUUAAAAACUUGAUACAGUUAAAACUUAAGGGAAAGAGUAGAUUUACAUAAAUUUGAAUCCUUUCCCAGAAAUCUUCAUAAAUCAGUAAAUAAUUAAUCAGACUCUGUUAGAUAUUCGUUGCCAAUUACAAUAUGAUUUCAACUUACUAGCAGAGAUUAUUGCUCUUGAAGCAUCAGGUGCUUUAACAGGAAAUCCAAGUUCUUUUAAUCCUUCAUAUGGUGAAAGCAUUCAUACAAUUCCUUAAGAGCUUGACACUUUACAAGCUUUCUGUAAAAAUAAGGAAGAUGGUUGUGGACAAAAAAUUCUAAAAUUUUUAAAUAUGUAAUAUUCUCCUGUUGGAUUUGUUAAGAAUAACCCUCUUCCUAAGUGGUUGAACUUUUAAAUUAUUGACGGAAUAAUUAAUAUAUGGGGUAUCCCCUAGCCAAGCGAUGAGCCAGAAAUACUUAUUAGAAUAAUCAAUGAUUUAGGUUUAGCAAUAUACAGCUUCCACAUAUUCAUUUAAGACAAAGAGGGUAACGAUAUGAGAAACAAACAAAUCUUACGUAAAUUCACAAUUUAAAAUAAACCAAAUCAAAAUAAAUAAACUGGUAUCACAAAAAUGCAUUCUUCUGUAAAUAUAAUGUCAUAACAAUUUGGGACACCUUAAAUAAAAAAUACUAUGAGUGCAAAUAAUGAAUCUCCUUAAGCCAAAAUAGUUUCUUAAUAGCUUAUAGGAACUAAAAGCUAAUUUGCUAAUGAAUAGACAAAAUUAACUGGCUAGAAUAGUCUCCCAAAUUUCUAAGAGUUUUAGUUAUGUUAGCUGCAAAAAAUAGAUGAAGAAAGACCCUCUGUUUUAUAAUAAUUUCACUCAAAUAUAGAUGCUACUAAAUUUGUUAAGCAAAAUUCAAAUCUAGAAAGUAACCUACCCCAAAAAUAAAUGGAAUUAAAAGAAAAGAUAACUGAGAUUAAUUCUUCUGUAAUUAUAGAAAUAGACUCAAAUUUUAAAGAAUUUAAUGAGGUUGAUAAUGACAAUUAAAAUAAAGAUAUUAGAAAAUCUAGUUAUAAAUUUAAACCAUAAUGA